AGCUUGAUUUAUUCACUUUGGUUUGGUUUUGUGGAUUGAGAAUCCAGCCCCAAAUCAACUAAAAUCAGCUCAGAUUGUGAAAGAUUUGUUGAAGUCGAUCGAAGAACAACAAGAAACAUUAAAAAAAGUGAGAACUGCGGUCAAGGAACGGAACGCUCUAGCGGCGUGGCGACGGAACUGCCGCCAUCCGCCACCCCUCCAGCCUCCUUCCUCCGCCUUUCGACCUCUAGUCACAUUACAAAUUAUGUUCUUUUCCGUUUACAAGAAGAAUAGACUGUGAAAGGGAAGAGUUUCAAACAGCAGGGAAGGAGGAGAUGAACUGUAUUUGUGGGCAGAGUAGAGGGAUCCAGGUCAAACCCAACAUUAAAAACUUGCUCCCCAGAGAUCUAUCAAGUAGAGAAACAUACUCUUUUAGCAUUAAAACAUUCAGAAGAAGCAGAACAUGUGUAUUGAAGAGGCAGCCAACAAAAGUAUCAUGUGCACACAAGGGGCAACAAGAAAGAAGACACUUGGUCAAAAUGUGUGGAAUCACAUCAGCCAGAGAUGCUGCUUUGGCAGCAGAAGCUGGUGCAGAUUUUAUAGGCAUGAUUAUAUGGCCUUAUUCAAAGCGUUCUGUUUCACUCGCUGCUGCAAAGGAAAUUUCUAAAGUUGCUAGGGAAUAUGGAGCAAAGCCUGUUGGGGUCUUUGUAGAUGAUAAUGCUGAAACCAUACUGAAUGUUGCUAAUGCAGCAGACCUUGAAUUGGUUCAGUUACAUGGGAAUGGCUCCCGAGUUGCUUUUCCUAUUCUGGUGAAGGAAAAGAAAGUUAUAUACGUUCUUCACGUGAAUGAAGCUGGAGAACUUUUGAACACUAUCUCCGAUGAAGAUUCCUCUUUGGUUGAUUGGGUUCUAGUUGAUAGUGCCAGAGGCGGAAGUGGCAAAGGAUUUAAUUGGGCAGGCUUUAAGCUGCCUGAAAUCCGAAGCAAAUGCGGGUGGCUUUUGGCGGGAGGGAUUAACCCUGGAAAUGUAUGUGAAGCACUCUGUACGCUCAACCCACAGGGAGUUGAUGUCAGCAGCGGAAUCUGUGCUCCAGAUGGCAUCCAAAAAGAUAAGUUGCAGAUAGCUUCCUUCAUGAAUGCAGUUCAACAUUUAAGAUGAUAAAGUAGUGUCUAAUGGUUGUUUGGUUUAGAUCAUUAUCGGAUUUUAUUGGUUUGGUUUCGAAAAUUGCCAAAUAUAAAUACAUUGAGCAUUUGGUCAUUGUCGGUUUUAAUUUGUCUUGGUCACAUCAGUUGGUUUUCAAAGUUUAUACCACUGAAUCAUACGAACCAAUCGUGAACUUUAAGACCCUUUUAGUCAUUGUCCCUAAACGAACUGCCUGUUUUCUUGUUUCAAAUUUUCAUUUGUUUCUUUCUCUGCAAAAACUUUCAUGGUACAAUUUCAUUUUUUUCAUAAACUCUAAAAAAACAAACAAGAACGUUUUUUGGGGACAGGGAGUACAUCCUUUUUCUUAGAAGAAAGCUCAAUGUUUAUUCUUUGGAGAUCCAGAAAGCCAAGGAUCAGAUUGAUAAUACACGACAUCCCCAGCAUCAGUUACAAAAUGGUCUGUCUCUAAGCUUCUGAUCAGGUCCCGCACCAGAUGAAAUGAGAGUGGCCAUAACAAUCUCUUUGGCUCUCUGUAAUACUUCCCAAGCACAGGUUUUGCUGCUUCAGUCUAUAACACAAGAUGAUGAUCAAUACCAAUCAUCAGCUCUAACAGUGUUAUAAUAGAGCCGAGGGAUCAGAGAUUGGAUUAGUAGACUUACAGCUUCUGUUAAAUGAUAAUGGGUAUUUGAGGAAAGAGGUGGUGUAUGCCAUGAGUCCCAAUGUCAUGGUGGAUGCUGUUAAUCACUCCGUAAUCAUGGUCAAGUGUUGUAAGACCACCCCUAAGGGUCCUUAACCUAGCAAUGCUUGGGAAUUGCUGCCCUAAUUUCAGACAGCUUGAACUGCGGGG